UCAUUUCAUUCAUUCACCAAACAAAAAGUCUUAUCAAACCAAAGCUUUAGAAGAAGAAGAAGAAGAGAAAAGCAAAACAAUGGCUGGAGAAGGAGAAGUGAUUGCUUGCCACACACUCGAUGUUUGGAACGAGAAGGUCAAAGACGCCAACGAAUCCAAGAAACUGAUUGUGAUAGACUUCACAGCUUCAUGGUGUCCACCUUGCCGUUUCAUUGCCCCAGUCUUUGCAGACAUGGCUAAGAAGUUCACCAAUGUUGUCUUCUUCAAGAUUGAUGUUGAUGAGUUGCAAUCUGUUGCUCAAGAAUUCAAAGUUGAGGCAAUGCCUACUUUUGUUUUCAUGAAAGAAGGCGAAAUCGUUGACCGUGUUGUCGGUGCUGCCAAAGAUGAUAUCCAUGAGAAGCUGAUGAAGCAUGGUGGUCUUAUUGCUUCUGCUUAAAUUGUUUUUUUCAGUUUCCAAAUCUUUGUAUCCUAAUCACUACAACUUCAAAGUCUUUUAUGUUUCGUAUGAAAUAAGAGUGAUGCAUUUCUACUACA